UAAAAAACAAGAGGGCUUUCAUUAUUGUAUCCGUUGAAACCGCUCCUUUCAGUGUCACAGUCUAAAACUCACUCCCUCUAAUAUUCAUCUCUAUGAAGCUCAACUCAGUUGCUUUCAAAAUAAAACAGAUCAAAGAUACCUUCAAAAUGACACUCUCUCUCUUCUUUCUCUCUCCUCCCAAAUCAUCUUUCUAAUUUCCCCUGCAAUGCCAAUCCAACAAGUUUCCCUCUAAACACCAAAUAAUUACACUUUCUCUCUCCUAAAAUUCCCAUAAAACAAAAAAAAGGGGGAAAAUUCUGAAUUCUAAAUUCUUAAAUUUCCCUGUUUUUUCACCUCAAAAACAACAAUGGCGAAAAACCCAGAAAACCCCAUUACUCAAACCCUAACAUCAACCUCAUUUCUCGGCAUAAAACUCUACAUUUUGAUCUUAAUCUUAAUUACCCUCUUCAUUUUUUCAUGUUUUUUUCUGUUCCUCUGUUUUUUCAGAAGAAAACACAAAGUGGGUAGUCGAAAACGUGUCCUUUUAUGGAAUAAUUCUGGUAUAAUUCCUUUAGUUUCAAAGGAUAUUAAGUUAAUGGAGGAUGAAAAUGGGAUAAAAAAGAAAAUGAGGGAUAUUUUAAAGGUAGAAAAAACUGAAGAAAUUGGGAUUUUAGUUAAAGAUGGAGGAGAGAGAAAAAAUGGAUUUUCAGCUGAAAGUGACGGAAGUUCUUCUAGUAAAGUGUCGGUAAUUUCAUCUGAUGUUCCUAAUAUUGGGUGGGGAAGAUGGUAUAGCUUGAGGGAGCUUGAGAUUGCGACACGUGGAUUUUCUGAUGAAAAUAUUAUUGGUGAAGGUGGUUAUGGAAUUGUUUAUAGAGGUGUUCUUGAUGAUGGGUCUGUUGUUGCUGUCAAAAAUCUUCUAAAUAACAAGGGACAAGCUGAGAAAGAAUUCAAGGUGGAAGUUGAAGCCAUAGGGAAAGUAAGGCAUAAGAAUUUGGUUGGUCUUGUUGGUUACUGUGCAGAAGGCCCUCAAAGGAUGCUUGUGUAUGAAUAUGUCGAUAAUGGCAAUCUAGAACAAUGGUUGCAUGGAGAUGCCGCAGAAAUGACCCCUUUGACAUGGGACAGCCGAAUGAAGAUUGCCAUCGGAACUGCCAAAGGACUGGCUUAUUUGCACGAAGGUCUAGAACCGAAGGUUGUUCAUCGUGAUGUCAAGUCUAGUAACAUCCUUCUUGACAAAAAUUGGAAUGCAAAAGUAUCCGACUUUGGACUAGCCAAGCUCUUGGGAUCCGAGGCAAGCUAUGUGACUACCAGAGUCAUGGGAACAUUUGGGUAUGUCUCCCCCGAGUAUGCUAGCACAGGUAUGCUCAGUGAGGGAAGUGACGUGUACAGUUUUGGUGUUUUGCUUAUGGAGUUGAUCACGGGAAGGUGCCCAGUUGAUUAUUCUAAACCACCUGGAGAGAUGAACUUAGUUGAUUGGUUCAAGGGGAUGGUUGCAAGUCGACGUGCAGAAGAAGUGGUGGAUCCAUUAAUUAGCGUUCAACCCUCUUCUAGGGCACUAAAGCGGGUCUUAUUGAUCUGCCUGCGCUGCAUAGAUCUUGACUCCAAUAAACGGCCAAAGAUGGGACAGAUUGUGCACAUGCUUGAGGCAGAUGAAUUUCCCUUUCGUUCUGAUCAUCGACCUACACGUCAACUGAAUUCUGCUACCGAGAAAGUUCAGUUAUCUGAUAAAGGAUACGCCAGGUGAUCGAUGAGAUCUGCAUAAACUCUUGAGCAGAUCAUUAGAAUCUAUUCGGAGUCUAUUACACGGGAAGGUGGAGGGAUAAAUUUGUAUAUUUAGCUUAUACAUACAAGAUUACAGGUAAUGCAGUUUUCUUGUAACAGGCCUCGGAAUGACAUAUUUUGUUGGGUUCUAUUUAUUUUUUCACAUCUUUGGUGGUAUCUAGUUAGAACAUUUGCAAUUAACAGUGAGCUUGUAAAUAUAUAGUACUAGUAGUAUUUAUUUAUUGGCUUCUAGGAAUCAGAUUUCAAGCAUAUUUUAUUGGGUCUUCUAGGAAUGAGAUAUCAAGCAUGAUUGUGUUGUUCA